UUUCCAAUUUUCCCGCCAUUUGUUGUUUUAGCGCCUUUUUAUUGUUUUCUAAAAUAUAAAUACCAAAGCAAACACUAAACAUUUCUGAUUUAUCGAAUCAAUUUCUCUCUACAACUACGCUUUCAGAAUGGAUACAUCGCAACCUGCAAUUUUUGUUAACGGAGCUUUACUACCGAUGCAUGUAAGAAAGAGGGUCCGAACAGUGGUUCAAAUUAUCGGAUCUGAUCGAGUUGGUGUUACUGGGAAAUCGAGCGAUGAUCAUCAGAUUACGAUCAAAGGCAACCCACCACCUUCUCUUACUAAUUUUGUUGAGGUUAUUGGCAUUGCUGAUACUGAUAAGUCUAUUCAACCUGAAAUUUGGACCAGUUUUGGUGACACCUUUGAUACUUCUUCCUACAACCAGCUUUGUCAGCUUGCGAACGGUGAAUAUCGGUCCUUGUUCCUCUGAGCACCGAGGUGUAGCUGCAGUGAAUCUUUUAGCUGUUUUUGGUCCUUGAUGUAACUAUUUAGUAGAAGUUGACAUUUUUAUUCUCGUUAACAACAUUUGAUAUGUCCUAUCUUCAGUGAAAAUUGAGUAUCAUUAUUUAGCACUAA